AUGUCGCAGAUCGUGGUGGAUGCUUCGGUCGAACAGCCAGGGCGGAACAUCCACUUUGGGGAUCCGAGCUUCGAGGAUGUGGACGAUACCAUGCUCCUGGAUCCGCCUGAUCCAGUGGACCUGCUGAUCGCUCACACCCACGCGGAUCAAGCCGUGAACCUGGGCGCCAGGCCCUUGGACUUUGUCCGCGCCAAGAUGAGCGAGCUGAAGAAAGAGAACAGCAAGUUGAAAAGCAGGGUGGCGGAUUUGGAGCAGACGCUCUCCAUCGUGCAGACCGCCCAAGAGUGGACCAUGGGCAAAGGAAUGACGCAGGAGCAAGCUGCGCGGAUGCAGGAGAUCAAAGCACUCCUGGAGCAGGCCAAAAAGGCCCGAGAAGAAAUGCAGAACUUUUCGAGCGCCUCACGCGCGGCGCUGUACGAAAAGCUACGGACCUGCAAAGCGAUGCUUCGGAGAGAAAGACAAGAGAAGCUGGAGAUGAAGGACCGCUUGUCGCACGCCUUCGACCACGCGCGGGCACAUCGCGACGCCUUCCGACGGCUGAAGCAACAGCGAGAUGAGGAACAGGAACGAUGGCAACAGGCCUGGAAGGAGGCCAAGGACCGGCACCGCUUGGAGCUCCGGCGCCUGGGCGGCGACGCCGCCGCGCUGCAGUCCGACCGGCAGGACCAAUUCGGCUACUACGGUGAGCGUGUGCUAGAUGACCUGCUGGCAUUACAGCAGCACCUCAAGAGUGUGAAGGAGCGGACGGUGGACAUGGUGCUGGACGACGAGUUCCCUGGGGAACUCCCAGAGCUCGGAGAUCCCACCGAGGGCGCUCAGGAGCGGACGGUGGAUAUGGUGCUGGACGACGAGUUCCCUGGGGAACUCCCAGAGCUCGGAGAUCCCACCGAGGGCGCUCAGGGCCCGCUGUCUGGCAGUGACCCACUCUUGGUCAAAGAGGAGUGA